UGUGUGAUCUUCCAGAAACCAGUCUACUGCUUUGUUCAUCGGAGCAUUCAGGAGUUUCUGGCUGCCGUCUACAUGUUCCACUGUUUCACCAACAGGAAGACAGAGGUGGUAGAAGGUUUUCUAGAGAACUUCCUAAACAAAUACAAAAACGGGAACUCAAUCACAUCUUUUUUUAAAAACAUAUUCAAGUCUUAUAGGUUCCCAUCAAUGGAUGUCUUUUUGACUAAAACCAUGGAGAAAUCCCUGGAGAGUAAAAAUGGCCACCUGGACUUGUUUGUUCGCUUCCUUCAUGGCCUCUGUCUGGAGUCCAACCAGAGAAUCUUAAGAGGUCUGCUGGGUCAGACAGAGAUCAGCCCAGGGACCAUCCAGAGAGUCAUCAACAACCUGAAGAAGAUGAACAGUGAUGAAAUCUCUCCUGACAGAAGCAUCAACAUCUUUCACUGUCUGAUGGAGAUGAACGACCUCUCAGUACAUCAGGAUAUCCAAGAGUUCCUGAAAUCAGACAACAGAUCAAAGAAGGAACUUUCUGAGAUCCACUGCUCAGCUCUGGCCUUCAUGCUGCAGAUGUCGGAGGAGGUUCUGGAUGAGUUUGACCUGCAGAAGUACAACACAUCAAAACAGGGACGACAUAGACUGAUUCCAGCUGUGAGGAACUGCAGAAAGGCUCGACUGACUCGGUGUGGACUCUCAGAGACUCACUGUGAAGUUGUGGCCUCAGCUCUGAAGUCCAACCCCUCCCAUCUGAGAGAGCUGGACAUGAGUUACAACAACCUGCAGAAUUCAGGUAUGAAGCUUCUGUGUGCUGGACUGGAGAAUCCAAACUGUCGACUGGAGACUCUGAGGUGAGUUCACUGACUGCAG